AUGGAAGUAGCACUUUCCCCCAUCCUUCCACAAGAACCGAAUGCUGUUCCUACCGAUGUAUCCCCCAUGAUCAUCAAUACGACUCCUACAACUGAGCAAGAUGGUAGGGAAGAUUUUGAUCCUGAGCAACAAUAUGAAAAGCCUCCCCCCCUCCACACAGUUGCAGACUGGAAGAUUGUUCUCCACUUGCCUGAGAUUGAGACAUGGCUUCGGAUGACAUCAGAAAGAGUCCGGGAUUUGACUUACUCCGUGCAGCAGGACCUGGACAGCAAACACGUGGAUGUGCAUUUGGUACAACUGAAAGACAUAUGUGAAGAUAUCUCUGAUCAUGUUGAACAAAUCCAUGCUCUUCUAGAGACUGAAUUUUCCCUUAAACUUCUGUCUUACUCGGUCAAUGUAAUUGUUGACAUCCACACAGUACAGUUUCUUUGGCAUCAGCUUCGAGUUUCUGUCCUGGUUCUGAGAGAGAGGAUUCUUCAGGGACUGCAAGAUGCCAAUGGAAAUUAUACAAGGCAAACUGAUAUUUUGCAAGCUUUUACAGAAGAAACAAAAGAGGACCGUCUUGAUUCUUUAACAGAAGUGGAUGACUCAGGACAGCUAACUAUCAAAUGCUCUCAAAAUUAUUUAUCCCUAGACUGUGGAAUUACUGCCUUUGAACUGUCUGACUACAGCCCGAGUGAGGAUUUGCUUGGUGCUCUUGGGGACAUGACUUCCAGCCCAGCUAAAAUAACAUCCUUUGAGUCUUGGAGCUAUAGUGAAAUGGACAAAGCCUUUCCAGAACUUACUAGAAGUGUGGGAUUACUGGCUGUAGCAACAGAUUCAAGUGCUUCCAAAUGCAAUGAAAGUAUUAAUACAAAGGAAAUCCAUUUACCCUUGUCAAUUGAUCAACUGCAGGGGGACAGCCAAAGUUGCAAAGAAUCAUCAACUAUAUCUACUGAACUUUCACUCACUCAUCUUUUUGAGCACUUACCCUUUUGUAAAGUAGCUUCUGGGGAUUCGGCUGUCUCAUUUGGCCACAGGAAGGUCUUAGAAACAAUAAAACAGGAGCAAAAUCCAGUGUCCAUCAGUGGUGUAAAAGCUAAUCAUCACCCUCACAGUGAAAACUCAACUCCCAAGAGGUCAAUUCAAGAUGGCAGUGACUACAAUGAGGAUUCGCCCACACAGCCCACCUUGCCCAAGAGGGGCUUGUUUCUCAAAGAAGACAUAUUUAAAACAGAUAUUAUAGUCAAUGAUAUAAAAAAUGAGUUCUCUUUGAUUAAGACAGAAAUCAGUAAGAGCACACCCUCACUGCUUGAGCCACCAGACCGAUCCAAGCUUUGCCUAGCAUUACAAACAGCAUACAAUAAUUGCCCUUCUGCCAUAAGUCAGUCGUGCGAUUGUUUGCACAACAUAAGUGAACUCAAGUUUGCAAUUCAAAAUCAUUUCAAAGAAAAGUCCAUGGCUUUAAGUAAGUCAAGUGACAAUGCCAGAAGGCAGAAGCUGAGGUGCAAGAAGUCACAUGACAUUCCUGAGGAGGUGGCAUCCUGCAGGGUUUCUGAAAUGGCAUCAAAUACUACACCAAGCAACCAGAUGAACAAAAUAGGCACUCUGGCUUUACAAAAUGGAAUUUCUUCUGGCAGCAGGCACUCCAUAGAAGGAACAGAAAGUGACACAACAUCAACCUCUUCUGAACCUUACAAGCAAGAAGAACUGAAUGGCCAGUCUUGCAGUGAAAGAGAACCAUCUGCUUCACCCACUCAUAGCCAAGUCAGCAGCUUUUCAGCUGGAUCAGAUCCUGCUGUAUCUCCCUUCCCCCUUCUUCAAAGAAACAAGACUGAAAAGACCCACUCACCUUCACCAAAUAAUACCAGCACAGAAAAUAAAAUGGGUGACGCCUGGUAUGGCUCUGAUGAAUACUUAGCUCUUCCAUCGCAUCUCAAACAGACAGAAGUAUUAGCUUUGAAAUUAGAAAAUUUGACAAAAUUGCUUCCACAGAAAUCUCCAGGAGAAACUCUUCAAAACAUCGAUGACUGGGAACUAUCUGAAAUGAAUUCAGAUUCAGAGCUUUACCCAACCUACCAGGUCAAAAAGAAGCGCAAAAGGUUAGGUAGAACUUCACCAAGCUCUUCAAGUGACAUCAUAUCUUCAGUAGGAGACAGCAUUGAAUCGGGCCCUCUUAGUGAUAUCCUUUCUGAUGAAGAACUUUGCACAUCCUCAUCUAGCAUGAAAAGGUUCCUAGAAGAUAGGCCACGAAAGCCAUCAAUAUGUCAUGUUUCUGAUAAAAAUGAAAUAACUCUCACAAAUAAAUCAGCUUUGAUACAGCAGCUGAUGGAAGAUAUACAACACCAAGAGAAUAAUGAAAUUGUAUGGGAAAAAAUGGAGGGGUUUGUAAGCAAGUUGGAUGAAUUCAUUCAAUGGUUAAAUGAAGCCAUGGAAACCACAGAAAAUUGGACUCCUCCAAAAGCCGAGACCGACAGUCUUAAACUCUACCUGGAAACACACUUGAGUUUUAAACUGAAUGUAGACAGCCACUGUGCAUUAAAGGAAGCUGUUACAGAAGAAGGAUGUCAACUUCUCGAUCUUAUAGUAUCUCACAAAUCAGGACUGAAGGACAUGCUGCAGAUGAUUGCAAGUCAGUGGAAGGAACUACAGAAACAAAUCAAACGACAACACAGCUGGAUUCUUAGGGCUCUGCGUAUCAUCAAAGCAGAGAUACUGGCUACUGAUGUGUCUGCAACGGAUGAGGAAGGGACUGAGAGCCCCAAGGCAGAGGUUCAGCUAUGCUUUCUGGAAGCACAAAGAGAUGCUGUUGAGCAGAUGUCCUUAAAACUAUACAGUGAGCAGUACAACAGUGGCAGCAAUCGAAAGGAAGAAUUUGCGGAUAUGUCAAAAGUUCACACAGUGGGAAGUAAUGGCUCGCUAUGUUUGAGGUACAGUGUAGAAAUGUCAAUCAGACAUCCCAAAAAGAUGGAAUUGCUGAGUAAAGUGGAAGCUCUGAAGAGAAGUGGUGUUUUACUACCAAGUGAUCUCCUUGAAAAAGUGGAUUCAAUUAAUGAAAAAUGGGAACUGCUUGGGAAAACUCUACAAGAGAAGAUUCAAGAAUCAUUGGUGGGGCACAGUGGGUUAGAAGCACGUGACUUGCUUUCCCCUGAAAGUGGCAACUUAGUAAGGCAGCUGGAGGUCAGAAUCAAAGAAUUGAAAGGGUGGCUGAGAGAUACUGAGCUUUUUAUCUUCAAUUCCUGUCUGAGGCAAGAAAAUGAAGGAACAAUGAAUGCGGAGAAGCAACUGCAGUACUUUAAGUCUCUGUGCUGUGAAAUCAAGCAGAGGCGUCGAGGGGUAGGCUCAGUGUUACGUUUGUGCCAACACCUCCUUGAUGAUCAGGAUACCUGUAAUCUGAAUGCGGACCAUCAGUCAAUGCAGCUGAUAAUUGUAAAUCUUGAAAGAAGGUGGGAAGCUAUCAUCAUGCAAGCAGUCCAGUGGCAAACUAGAUUGCAGAAGAAGUUGGCAAAGCAUCCAGACUCCCUGAAUGUUAUUGAACCUGGUUUAAUGGAGCUAAAUAGCACAAGUGAAGAUGCUCUAGAAUGGGAUGAAAUGGAUAUAAGUAAUAAGUUAAUUAGUAUUAAUGAAGAAUUUACUGAACCUGAACCAAAACAAGAUGACACAAAGCUGAAUCCUCCACCUGAAAUAUCUGAUAAUGGUAAUCCAAAACAAGAAGGAGCCCCUAACAUUCAUGAAGACAAUCUCUGUGAUCCAAGAGUGUCAGGCCCAAAGGUCUAUCAAGUAUAUAGUCUCCACAAUGUUGAAUUAUCCAGAAAAAAUAAUAUAUCUCUCAUGAAAAACACAUCAAAAGAUUCCAGUCUUACACCUUCAACUACUGCAAACAAAGACACAAGUAAAGAUUCUUCCUUAUCAUCUAUAAAAUAUUUGCCAGAUUUACUGUGUAGCACCACAUUGGCAAAACCACAGAAUUAUAUGUAUCAUGGUGGAAACAUUACCAGGCACUCUGAAAAUCAGAAUAAAGUAAUCAGUGAAAGAAAGCCAAAAGCUGUCAGUAACUCUGAAAUCCAAUUGUUUUCUGAUACUGAUGGAAUACAAGAUAAUUCUAUGCCUAAUAUUUCAGAUUCUGACCUAGGGAAUAUAGUUGAUGUGAUAAAACAAAAUUUUAAGCAGAAAGAUGAAGAAAGCCUUGUUAAUGUCACUACAUCUGAACCAAAGUUUAGUAACAAAACAAAAGAUGUAGACAAUGGUGCCCGUCAUGAUUCUGUGAGUGCAGAAGAAUUACAAGGAAAACACAGUGCUUUUACAUUUUAUGACUAUUCAUAUCUUCAAGGUUCGAAAUUAAAGCUACCACGGAUAAUAAAGCAACCACCAUCAGAAAAAGCACAUAAGCAGAGCAACUUGCUUCACGGCUUUUAUUUUGAUAAAGUUCCCUUUAUAUCUGAAAAUCAGCCCGGGGACUUAAAAUCAUGUACGGAAAAGCUCGCUUUACCAAUCGACUGGAAUGAUGCUGAUCCUAAACACACGGAGUUUGUGGAAGAUUUAAAGAAACUAUGUGACACAACAAAUGGGAAAGUGCUUUCAACUCUAUCUCAUAGCUCUUCUUUGGAUUCCCUUUCUUUGACAAGUGAUUUGUUUGGUUUAACUGUUUUUAGAAGUGGAGACAGUCUUAAUCGUAGCACUUCCUUAGAGAGCUGGCUAAAUCCCUACAAAAGCAAUGAAGAUCUUUUUAGUGGUAAUGGCUCCGGUGACCUAAGUGGAAGUAGUGAUUCUGUUGGAGAACUCAGUAAAAGGACGUUAGAUCUUUUGAAUCGCUUAGAAAAUAUCCAAAGUCCUUUAGAUCAAAAAAUAAAGCGUAGCAUCUCUGAUAUCACCCUCCAAAGCACUUCUCAAAGAAUGUCCUUGACUGGACAAGUAUCCCUGGAUAUUGCCUCCUCAAUCAAUGAAGAUUCACCUGCUUCUCUCACUGAGUUAAGCAGCAGUGAUGACCUGUCUCUCUGCUCUGAAGAUAUUAUAAUGCACAGAAACAAAGUACUAGAUUCAAAUGCAUCAUUCAGAAAGCACCUCAAUCGUUCUGUUGCUGAUGAGAGUGAUAUCAACGUUAGCAUGAUUGUUAAUGUUUCCUGUACCUCCACUUGCACUGAUGAUGAAGAUGAUAGUGAUUUGUUAUCAAGUUCUACUCUCACCUUGACUGAGGAAGAGCUGGGCAUGAAAGAUGAAGAUGAUGAUUCCAGUAUUGCAACUGAUGAGGAUAUUUAUGAAGAUUCCAAUUUAAUGUCAGGACUUGACUACAUUAAGAAGGAACUCCACACUUGGAUUAGACCUAAAUUAUAUCUGACAAAGGAAAAGAGGAGACAGCAUGUGGAUUCUGAAAUUCAGGGCUGUAAGGAGUUAAGAGGUGGUGAGACUUUGAAACCAAAAGAUUCAUUGAACAUUGAACAAUUUUUGAGUGAUUCCAUAUGUAAACUUUCACAAAAUAAUGGCCACAGGAAGAAUGUAUUGGAGAAUCAUAUGUCAGAGACAAAAAGACAAGCAAAAAAUGAAGGUUUUCAGCCUUUGCAAGGUUGCUUAGUAGAUGAUAUGGAGAAUGGAAAUGUUGCAGUUACUCAAGAAAGUCUAAAUGGGCAACAUAUUUCAACAUCUGCCAUAACUGUUAGUACAUUAGAUAGGAAAGAGAAUGAAAAUGAAGAUUGUGUCUGUGAAUCAUUUACUGAUAGUUCAAAAGAUUCUCAUAUUAACAGUAAAGAAGAUGUUCAACUACCAAAUAUAACCAGCCCUCAAAAAGAGUAUCAAAAUCAUAUUCAGUAUGAUGACCAGUGUAUUAAAAAUCUUAUCACAGAAUUUGACUCAAAUGUCAAAGAAGACAGUACACCAGGUACAGCAUCACUAAUAUUGCCUCCAAGUUAUCAACAAAGUAAAUCAGGAAUUAGUGAGACUGUUAGUGAUUGCUGUGCAUGUUUAAAAUCAAAUGAAGCAGAAAAAAACACAUCAGCUAGCAGUCAUGAUUCAUGUUGCAACUGUGAAUCAGUUGCUUUUGAUAAAAGAAAUGGGGAAGAUUGCUCAGUGCAUAAUUUUGUGAUGGAGAUAAUUGACAUGGCUUCCACAGCCUUGAAGAACAAAUCACAGCCUGAAAGUGAGCCAGCUGUUCCACAUUCAUUAGCCCAGAUCAAAGAAAAGGUUCUAGAACAUUCUCACAGGCCAAUCCAACUUAGAAAGGGGGAUUUUUAUUCUUAUCUUUCACUCUCUUCUCAUGAUAGUGACUGUGGGGAAGUGACUAAAUAUGUUGAAGAAAAAAGCAGUACUCCGGUUCCGCUGGAUUUUGCAGAAAACAUUGAAUGCUUUUUUGAAGCCUGUCCUGAGGAAGAACGAGUUGAACAGCAGAUGUAUAUUCUUCCUAAUGAAGCUGAGGCAACUUUGGUCAAGCACAAGGACUUGAAUUUAAUAGAUGAACACCAAACAUCCACCAAUUGUAACAGCUUUUCUUUUUUAUCUAAGGAGAUAGGUACAAAUCCUCCAGGCACUUUUAGCAAAACAGGAUCAGAGAAUAUAAAAAAUAAUCCUGAUGAAUCUUUUGAUCAAGAGACCACUAACAAAGGUCCAGUUUUGAAUUCUUUUCCACAUGACUCUAUAGAAAACCAUCCAGGUCAGUCCUUUGGCACUGCAAAAUCUGAAGAAGAUUUUGCCACCCCUUUGAAGGCCUUAAUUAAAGCCACCCAGUUAAAACCUGAUCACUUGAAAGUCAAAGAAGUUAAGCACCCAAACCCAAAAACUCUUGUAUGUGAAGAAAAACUCCUGCCUCUUUACAGAGAAAGGCACAUAAAUACAAAGAGAUAGAAUGCAACUGUCCCUGGACACAUCCGUGUUAUUUCAUGAGCAGAAACUUGGCUGCAUUUCAGAUGUAGGCUUAUCCUCUAAACCCUGAGAUGACCUCUAAUUCCAUUGUAUCACUGCCUUUUGUUACACUUGACUCCCAAGAUAAAUUUUCUUUCCAAAUGUUAUUUGUACAUGUUGGCUUUGUAACCAGGUUGCAUAUGCUGGAGCAAUUUCAGUUAUCAUUUGGCUUUGUAGAAAAACGGUUUUCUUUCAUAUGGGUUUAUAUGUCAAGCUACCUCUUUAACAACUUUCUUUUCAAAUGUGUAUGCUUCUGUAUGAUAUCUCAUCCACUAAUAUUUUAAUGAUUUUGCAAUUGCACAGUUUCUGUGAUCAUUUCAAGUCAUCAUUUCAGAACUGCACAUGUUAUCAAUUAUCCCGUUUUAUGUAUCAAAUUUGGUAUUUUAUGUGUACAACCCAUAUUAUUUAUUGAAAGUAUUUUAGAAAGGAAAUUUUUGAUUGUAGCAAAAAGGAAACAAUUGCUCUUGAGUCAAAAAGAACCGGUUAGACAAAGUAAAUACAAAUGUAUCCUUUUGCUUUUUCUAACAAACAAAACAAAACUAUGCAACACUUCAAGAAACAGCUAUGUAGUGUUGUAUAUUAAGAAUUGUUAACAUUGUACUAAAUUAAAUAAAACAUUUUGGUUUUCUACUAUGCUUCUUGAGGUGGUAAUCAGAAAAGAACCCCACAUUUUAAAAAAAUGGUGCCUUGCUGUAUUUCUUAUAACAUUUAUUAAAAAGUUGCUUUCACAGUAAAAUUACGUUCAUUUGAAAGAAGGAAAUAGCAAGGUGUGAAUCGUUUCUGUAUAUAUGUAUAACCAAGUGCAAACAUUGAUGUACAAUGACAGUAUAAAAU